GGAAGGGACUUAAUGUAAAAUUUUUCCAGUGAAACAAAAUAUAAGAAUCUAAGUUUGUUUUUGAAAGAUCACUGAAUUUUAGCUAUGAUUAGAUCAUACUUUCCAAAAUGUGUGGCACUUUUUGCCCUCUUUGUCCUGAGUGUUGGCGCACUGGACACUUUUAUUGCUGCGGUAUAUGAGCAUGCUGUUAUAUUACCAAACAACACAGAAACACCUGUUUCAAAAGAAGAAGCUUUGCUCCUGAUGAACAAGAACAUAGAUGUUUUGGAGGAGGCAGUUAAGUUGGCAGCCAAGCAGGGUGCACACAUCAUUGUGGCCCCAGAAGAUGGAAUGUAUGGUUGGGUCUUUACGAGGGAGAGCAUUUACCCCUAUCUGGAGGAUAUACCAGACCCUGAAGUGAACUGGAUUCCAUGCAGAGACCCCCAGAGAUUUGGCUACACACCAGUGCAAGCAAGACUCAGCUGCCUGGCCAAGGAGAACUCUAUCUACGUUGUGGCAAAUAUUGGGGACAAGAAGGCGUGCAACACCAGUGACCCUCAGUGUCCUCCUGAUGGCCGUUACCAAUACAACACUGAUGUCGUGUUUGAUUCUCGGGGUAGGCUGGUGGCGCGCUACCAUAAGUACAAUCUUUUUGCACCUGAAAUUCAAUUUGAUUUCCCCAAGGAUUCAGAAUCUGUGACAUUUGACACUCCCUUUGGGAAGUUUGGCAUUUUUACUUGCUUUGACAUUUUUUCUCAUGACCCGGCUAUCGUGGUGGUGGACGAGUUUCAAGUGGACAGUGUCCUCCUCCCCACAGCAUGGUACAACACGCUGCCCCUCCUCUCAGCAGUUCCGUUCCACUCUGCGUGGGCCAGAGCCAUGCGAGUCAAUCUCCUUGCUGCAAAUACCCACAACACCAGCAUGCACAUGACAGGGAGUGGAAUUUACGCCCCAGAAGCCGUCAAGGUGUAUCACUAUGACAUGGAAACAGAGAGUGGCCAGCUGAUGCUAUCAGAGUUGAAGUCUCGACCUCGCUGUGAGCCCACCUACCCGGCAGCUGUUGACUGGCAGGCUUAUGCUGGAAGUGUCAAGCCAUUCUCCUCUGAGCAGUCAGAAUUUCCAGGGAUGAUUUAUUUUGAUGAGUUCACCUUCACCGAGCUUAAGAGAAACACAGGAAAUUACACAGUUUGCCAAAAAGACCUGUGUUGUCACUUAACUUACAAGAUGUCUGAGAAGCGAACAGAUGAGGUCUAUGCACUAGGUGCUUUUGAUGGACUGCACACAGUAGAAGGCCAAUAUUACUUGCAGGUAUGCGUGUUACUGAAGUGUCAAACCACCGACGUGAGAACUUGUGGAGAGCCCGUGGGGUCAGCUUUUACCACGUUUGAAGAAUUUUCCCUCAGUGGCACGUUUGGAACAAGUUAUGUUUUCCCACAGAUCGUUCUAAGUGGGAGUCAGCUUGCCCCUGAAAGGCACUAUGAGGUUUCAAGAGAUGGACGUCUGAGGAGCCGAAGUGGAGCCCCUUUGCCUGUCUUAGUUAUGGCCCUGUAUGGAAGAGUGUUUGAGAAGGACCCUCCCCGCUUAGGGCAGGGACCUGGGAAGUUACAAUGAUGUCCUUUACCAGGGCCCUUUCUGCAUUAGCCUGGCAAAGAGAGGAAGAAAAAAAAGAGAGCCCUUAGUAUCUGUUUAGAGUAGAUGUCAUACACUCACCAAAACAACAAAUAAACUUAAGAAGAUUUAAAAAGCAA